CCCUCUAGCUCCUACUCCCUAAUCCCUUCCCUCUAGCUCCUACUCCCUAACUACUCCCUAAUGGAUCUGACAGGAUUGGAUGUGUGUGUGUGUGUGUGUGUGUGUGUGUGUGUGUGUGUGUGUGUGUGUGUGUGUGUGUGUGUGUGUGUGUGUGUGUGUGUGUGUGUGUGUGUGUGUGUGUGUGUGUGUGUGUGUGUGUAGGUGCAGGCCAGCGGGGGCCAGCAGGCUGUACGGUAUGCAGGUCCUCUGGACUGUGCUCUCAAGCUGUAUAAAACACAAGGCAUCCGCUCCAUCUACAAAGGAACAACACUCACACUCAUCAGAGACGUGCCUUCUAAUGGUGCCUACUUCAUGGCUUAUGACUUCCUGAAACACAAAAUGACAGCUGAGGGUGAAAGUGUGUCCCAGCUCAGCACUCCAAAGAUCCUCCUUUGCGGUGGCAUAGCGGGCAUCUGUAACUGGGUUGUGGGACUUCCACCCGACGUACUCAAGACCAACUUCCAGACAGCUCCAGACGGGCGGUACAGGGGAACAGGUCUGGUCGAUGUACUGAGGGAGCUGCUUCGUGACGAGGGGCCCAGAGCACUCUAUAAAGGAUUCAACGCCGUGUUCCUCAGAGCCUUCCCUGCCAACGCGGCCUGUUUUCUAGGGUACGAAUUGGCGUUAGAGUGUCUAAAUUGGCUGGCUCCCACCUGGUGAAGUCUCCUGCUACGACCUUAAGAGGUUGUAACCUGUCAUGACCUGUCGUUGGACUCUUCAGACUGAACUCUUCUGUUGACCUCAAGGUUUCAUGCUUCCCAAAUGGCACACUAUUCCCUAUAUGGCGCACUACUUUUGCCGAGGGCCUGUAGGGAAUAGGGCUCUGGUCAGUUUUGCACUACAUAGGGAAAGUAAAGCACUAUAUAGAGAAUAGGGUAACGUUUUUUGUUGUUGUAUUUAACCUUUAUUUAACUAGUCAUGGUGUUUCAUGACAACAACAAUGUGAAUUAUGGUCCUCCUUCUUGUUAAUGUGGUUCUAAAAAAUGUUAUUCACUGAUGUUUCAGUUCGACAUCUUUCCCUGUUUCAGUUUGACAUCUUUCCCUGUUUCAGUUUGACAUCUUUCCCUGUUUCAGUUUGACAUCUUUCCCUGUUUCAGUUUGACAUCUUUCCCUGUUUCAGUUUGACAUCUUUCCCUGUUUCAGUUCGACAUCUUUCCCUGUUUCAGUUCGACAUCUUUCCCUGUUUGUUUGACAUCUUUCCCUGUUUCAAUUCGACAUCUUUCCCUGUUUCAAUUCGACAUCUUUCCCUGUUUCAGUUUGACAUCUUUCCCUGUUUCAGUUUGACAUCUUUCCCUGUUUCAGUUUGACAUCUUUCCCUGUUUCAGUUUGACAUCUUUCCCUGUUUGUUUGACAUCUUUCCCUGUUUCAGUUUGACAUCUUUCCCUGUUUCAGUUCGACAUCUUUCCCUGUUUGUUUGACAUCUUUCCCUGUUUCAGUUUGACAUCUUUCCCUGUUUCAGUUUGACAUCUUUCCCUGUUUGUUUGACAUCUUUCCCUGUUUCAGUUUGACAUCUUUCCCUGUUUGUUUGACAUCUUUCCCUGUUUCAGUUUGACAUCUUUCCCUGUUUGUUUGACAUCUUUCCCUGUUUCAGUUUGACAUCUUUCCCUGUUUCAGUUUGACAUCUUUCCCUGUUUCAGUUUGACAUCUUUCCCUGUUUCAGUUUGACAUCUUUCCCUGUUUCAGUUUGACAUCUUUCCCUGUUUCAGUUUGACAUCUUUCCCUGUUUCAGUUUGACAUCUUUCCCUGUUUCAGUUUGACAUCUUUUCCUGUUUCAGUUCGACAUCUGUCCUGUGGUUCACGUCUUGUUGAAGAGUAGUUUAAACGCACAGUGAAAUAAUGACAAUCAUGAUAUUUAUUUAGGGGGAUGAUGUUGACAUAUUUCUGUGAACCUAUGAUUGUGUCUAAAAGGCACCUGAUAAUAGUGCACUAUAUUUAUUUAUAUUCAUUAUUCAUUGUUAAUAGUAAGAAUAUAGACGUGUUUGAAUGUUGAAGAUUUAAAAUGUUUAAAAAAAAUGUCUUAAUUUGUCUAUUGACCAAUUUAGGGGUUUUGAUGGACAUUUUAAAUGUGAUAUAAUGUGAUAUAAUUUGAUUAAUUUUGACAAUCAAUCGAAUCCAUUUAUUAGCAAUCCAGAUAUAUCUCAGAAUAUAUAUAUAUAUAUAUAGUUUUAUACAUUUGUUUGAAUAAAGUGUAAUUUGCCAAAUAUGA